AUGGCGACCCCUUCGUGUGCCCCGUCGGACCUGCCUUUGGACCAGCUCAGCCUAUACCAUGUCUCGGAUCCUUCGUUAUCGUCCAUAUUUGUCUUCUACGGGCCCGUAUCCACCGCAAAUGCAACCGUGAGCAGUUCGCGCAUCCAGGCGCAUAUAUUGACACCCGCCGGUUUCCACAGCUACCCGCGUAUCACCGUAUCCCCCGCAGCACCGCUGUAUGCCGCCGUCAAUCAUUUACCUCGAGAUAAGCAAGGCGACGAGGUUUGUCGCGCUCUGGCUGUCAGCAUGCUGAAAUACUUCGCCGAGUUGUCCGAUCCCGCAAAGGAGUGCCUGCAAGCUCUAGCUCGCGCGGGGAAGCCGGGGGGACAAAUCCCUAAGAUGUUCGAUGAGAUGCACGCAGCCGACCUAGCAAAUCGCAUGGUAAAAGUGGAAAAUACAACCGAUAUAGUGCGGGAUAUCCGUGGCGCGUUUCAGGAACGCAAGAUCCCGUGGGUCGAUGUCGAUGUAGUGCUUCCUUCGGGGACCAUCCAACCUCCCGAACAAGCAGAACACGACGCUCACACUGCGGACGAACCAACGGAUACGAAGGAUACCGCUGACGUUAAUUAUGGAAAAUAUUCGGCUCUCAUACGGGCUUUAGGGACGCCCAUGUUCUUGCCAACCUCUCGACUGAAACGGGCCCCGUCACAACCCACCAAUGUCAGCCGGUCCAAGGUUUUCUCUCAGAAUCAGAAGCAGUCGCUCCGCCUUACCAUGUGCGAGGUAGUAGAUACCGAGGAGAGAUAUGUCAGCAAGCUGUAUAGUCUUGUUUGUGAAGUGGCCGAGGAGUUCCGCGCGAGAGCGCAAGGGAAAUCGGCAUCAAGUACUAGCCCUAACGAGUCCGACUUGGCUACGCUAUUUCCCCCAUGUUUGAAUGAGAUUUAUAAUGUGAAUAUGGGCUUCUUGGAUGUCAUUCGCAACGUGUUGGAAGAUACGGAAAGGGAUGCUAUUGCCGACAUUACCGAGGACACCGAGUUACCAGCAUCCACUUCCCAACGGUCACUUGAAGACGAACCAGAUGCAAUUGGUGCUGUUGCAUUUGCAAAUGCGCUCCUCGAAUGGUUUCCUAAGUUUUCCCAGCCCUACGGAGAUUACAUGCGCGCCCACAACGCCUUCACCCAGACGUUGAACUCGUUCAUGAGAGACAAGAACUCUAGUUUCUCCAGGCGCGUGUACGAAACUGGGGAACAGAAACUGCGAUCGUUAUUGAUGGAACCUGUUCAACGACUUCCGCGCUAUAGCCUAUUGAUCGAUACGAUGACAGGCAGCCUGCCUUUGGUACACCCUGCUGUCCGCCCACUAUUGAAAGCGCGGGAUAUAAUCAAGGACAUCUGCUCGCUUGAUGAUCCUUCUUCUACUAAUCAUGACCAAGGAUUUCGACGACUAAAAGAGUUGGUGGAUGGAUGGCCAUCCACUAUCUUACCCACCGGCCGAUUGAUUACCGCUGUUGAUUUCCACGGGUUGUCGUCACCAUAUCAUUUGGAUCUUUCAGAUGCUGUCUCGGAUGCGGGGAUCAUGCUGCUAUACAAGAAUUGUCUUGUGCUUUUAUCGAAAGCUCCAGAGAGUCGCAUGACGGCACGUGGCCUGAUGGCCGAACUAGACAACGCAUCUUCUACAGCUCAAGGUGUUGCAGGACCACUUGCCUCUUCAGCAGAGAUUCGGGUUGUACAGGUUUAUGAUCUUCACACCGUACGCUGCAUGCAAUCCACAUGCGGCCGGAUCCUCUUUCUUGCUCCUGCAUCAGUGGCAUCAAAACCUAACCAAAACACCUCUGUGGACCUAUUGGCUCUAGAACCGAUCUCUAUGUAUGGAGGUCGUGCUGGUCGAAUCGUUGAGGAGAUCAUUAAAGCAAAGAUCGAGGGAAGAUUCUCCGAAAAGGAAAGGGAGAGUGGAAAGUGGUCGCUCCGAAAUCCAACCGGUACAGUUGGCAACCUUGGUAUCCUGGCAUGUGUAUUUGAAGAUGAACAAGGUGUGGAGACGAGUCGACCCGCGCCGUCAAAAAUUAGAGUCGUCUUUGAUACACCAAGGGCGCUCUGCAGCCAGACAUUGGGGAAUUCAGAUUUGGAGGUGAUCAUAUUGGUUUCUCUGCUGGGCGAAGACCAGUAUCGGGUGAAUGUGGACUCGAUAGUAGGUACAGGUUCGUCGGACAUCGUCACGGUGGAUGGCUUCGUGCCAGUGCUUUCAAAACGCUUGCUGAAUAUCCUUCAACCCUUGCAUGACACCCCAAAUAGGCACAUGACGGAGUCAUUAGUUCAUUCCAAUUUUGCUAUCAUCAAAUACCUCGCUGGGCAUCUUAUAGGGCAGUUUAAGACCCCGCGUGGCUUCCGUCCCCCCUCACCAACGAAACUGAUUGCAAACCUCCUGGGUGGAGGGCAUUCACGAGACAGUAGCACCUCAAGUUCCAAAGCUCCUGGGUCGGCCACUUUACACGGUGAAUUCCCCAAAAUGCCGCCUCCUCGCGCUCAUGUUUCCCGGUCAAAUACUUUACCAUCUUCAUUCCCGGGAAAAGAGGAGACUCCGGUUAAAAAUUCCGUCGCAGGCACGACGUCCUCCAAGGUAUCGGAUAGUCCUUUUACAGUUCUGGAACAGGCGUUUGCUGCCUAUGUUUUAGCGCUGCAAUCUCGGAGCGGGAACAUUGUUGGGCGUACCCUUCGAACAAGGGACAAUGUGGACCGAUCAUCAGUGAACGAGUUAUACAACGUCCUGCUGGAGGAUCCAGCAAGGCUCCAGGCCGCAGCCGAGGUAGCGGUUGACACACUAUUUGUGGCGUUUGAGACAUUCAUGGCAAAUGCAUGGAAGGAGCACAUGGGACCGGUUAUAGAUCCCACCGGCUUGCGGAUACUCCAGGGCCAGUUUGACGCCAUGUUUCCCAGAGAAUUUGAGGAAUGUUUUCGGAAAUUUGUUGCGGAUAUGAGCCCUCAGAACCGUCGCGCUCUCGCUUCACUUAUCCGUCUCCUUGCGGAUCUUCUCGAUGCUUCUGGAAGUGAUGGCGACCGAGGCGCCUUGACAGCCGCUUUUGCGGAGAUUUUAACGAUCGAAGGUGAUCCAAUGCAACACGUGUCUCUGCUAGAUAGAUUAGUGGAUGACUUUGAUCAUCUUUUUGAUGAGUUCGUCCCAAGCGGCUCAUCACUGGAUGGAAUCCUGACUGGCGACCUGACCAAACCUACUACCCAAACCCCAGGCUCUGUUGGUUCCAACGCAUCGUCCUUCCGCAAGCGCUUUGGCUUCGGCAUACACCGAGAAAACUCUGGAGAGGGCAAGGUUGCCUCAAUUCUCAGAACUCUCAGCAAAAACAAGGGCCCUAACGACUCAGAACCAGGGACGCCGAGGGGUUCAUUGUUAGUGCGCUCAAAGUCGAUAGACCUCGACACAAGUUUAAGUUCUCUUCUACGCCCCGGCUCUCGCGAUCGCUCUGGUGCUUCUAUAUCGCAAGAACUUAUUCGGCGACCUGAAAGUGCACAAGAAGACCCGCCAACCUCAAUAAAGAGUACAUCCGGAAGCGGUGUAGUGAGGGUGCGUCGAAAGCGAAGGAGCUCGCUAUCCGACUUACGACCAGGGACGGCAUCAACAGACGUUUCCAACCUAUCGCCAAGUCAAGCCGCCCGUCCCACAACUCCUGGGUCUUCUUCAACUAAUCUACAAACCGAUCUUCUGACUCCUUCAAAGACUGCUCGACCUCAGACUAGCCAUGGUUCAGGGUCCACGAACCGUAGCACCUCACCUUUAAAAGGUAGCCCACCCCCAAGGCAGGGCUCACCUAGCCGGCGAUCACCUGUCCGCCCAGUCACACCCAGCCGUAAAGAAAACGUCGACCCAAGAUACUCCACAAUCGACAGGUCUCCGAGGAAGAGGAUUGAAGAAUCUCUUUCCCCAAGUCUGGAACCAAAACGCAGGUCUGCAGUUCCCAGCUCCAAGGCCCCUGUGCUGAAAGAGCGACCGGGGCAUAUUAAUGGGUCGGAGACUACUCGUCCGCUAUCUUCAUCGUCUUUAACCAAAUCGCAGAGGUUGCGGCUACAAAGUCCUCAGAAGCUCCGGGACCGCCUUCAAGGCGAGAAAAAGGCACAAUCUUUUGCUCAGCUAGGCUUGAAGGAUGAACUGGAGCUUAUUGGUCAGGAGCUUCGAGGAUUUCGGCCAUCGCCGACUCGACAGCAGACAGAUUCAGAAAUUCAAGGCACUUCCGACGACACAAGCGCGGCAGCCCUGUCGGCCCGGAUGCGGAAUCUCGAACUAGCGUUCGAAACCCUAUCAGGCGAUCUCAACAACCGAACCUCUACCAUGGAGAAGGACCUGGAGUCGUCCCUUGUUGUUAGCGAGAAGCGCGCCAAAAAACUCGAUGAGUUGUAUCGCGAGGCCAGUGCUGAGAACGAAGCCCUCUAUGGUCGAUUCAAUUCAGAGCUGAGCAAACUUGCCAAAGAUGUCCGCACUUCGGAUGGUGAGGAUGCGUUGAAAACUCAGCUGUCGUCUGCAAUGGAUGAGAUUGGGAGAUUAAAGAAAGAGAACUUUAGACUGAAACGCGAAGUUGGGGGCCUUCGAGCCCAGCAAGCAGCAGUGGCGUUGCUCAAGGCGAGCGCUGAAUGA